AUGGCUCCAAAACGGCGUGGGCGUCCUCCGAGGGGUAGCCAUAAGGAUCAGGGCACGCCUCCGAUCCCAGAAGCUAGUCCCCCCACCCAAGCUGCUCCGCAGGAGGGAGGGACGAGCAAUCCCCAAGUGGCCAGCUUUGCUCGGGAACUUAUGGCAGAGAUAAGACGCCAAGUAUCUCCUGCCACAAGUGUACCACCUCCAUCCCCGGUGGUCUCCACUCCUGUGGCCCCUGCUUCGGUUUCCCCUGUUCCUAUCUCUUCUACUCCUGCUGUGCCUACCUGGAAGGUUUAUACAGAAUUCAAGAAGCUGGUGCCCAAGGGAUUCGAUGGUACAGCAGGUUUUGAGCAGGUAGAAUCGUGGAUCACCGAGGUGGAGCGGGGAUUCUACUUGCUGCAUGUUUCCGAUGACCUUAAGGUCAAUGUAGGCACCUACAUGCUUACUGGGAAGGCAUUAACUUGGUGGGAGAGUUAUCGGAAGCUGCACCAAGGAGAGCCUGAAUUGAGCACCUGGGAUGGUUUUAAGAAGGUGUUCAUGCGGGAGUACAUACCGGACAGCAAAAGGCGGGAACUGCAAAGAGAAUUUGCAGAUUUAAAGCAAGGGUCAGGUACUGUUGAGCAGUACAAGGAGGAAUUUGACCGCUAUCUGCCUUUUGUGGGUGGCCAAGUUGGCGAUGAGCAAGCCAAAGCCGACAAAUUUCUGUGGGGCUUGAAUUCUGACAUUUACUUGGCGGUAAACCAAUUUAAACCCGCCACUUAUCGAGAGGUUGUGGACAGAGCCAUAGAUCAGGAGAAGGCUAUGGCUAGAGUCAAGCCCUCAGGGCAGCCUAGUGGUGGGUCAUCCCUUGGGAAGAGGAAGUUUGAUGGGAGCCGUCGGUCCCUUUUCCUUACACCACCUAGAUCUGAGAUCAGCAAGGGCUCUAGAUGGUCAGGAGCCACCAAGACAGUGAGUCAGGCAUCAUUGGCCCCACGUGCUCGUCCUACUCAGCCUAUUUGCCACGUUUGUGGGAAGGUCGGGCACACCCGGGAUCAAUGCCACAUUGCUACUGGGGCUUGCUUCAAAUGUGGCAAGCAGGGACACCAGAUUGCAAAUUGUCCACUGCUAGACCCCAAGACUCAAGGCACUCAACCUACCUCUCCGCAGGGUUCUACCAGUCAGGGGGCGCAGAAACAGAGUAUCGGGGUUCGGACAAGAGCCCAGCAGGCGAGAGUGCAAGUGAUGACUCACAAGGAAGCUGCGGCCACCGACGUAAUCAUGGGUACCUUGCCUGUUAACUCUGAUUAUGCGCAUGUUUUAUUUGAUUCGAGAGGGGUGAUGACUACUAGGGAGGUGUGUAGAACUGUGGAUAUUUAUGUUGAUGGUAGACAGUUGAGUGCUAGUUUGUUUGUUUUAGAUAUCUCCGACUUUGAUAUCAUUUUGGGGAUGGAUUGGCUGUCUAAGCACUUUGCCUCUAUAGACUGUCAUUGGAAAUGGGUAAAUUUUAAUAUUCCUGGUGAGCUAGAAUUUAGUUUUCAAGGCAGUGGUUCUUUUGCUCUACCCGUGUUAGUAUCUGCUUUGCAGGCUCAGAAAUAUCUUGUAAAUGGUUGCCAGGGCUUCCUAGUCUCUGUUACUGAUGCUAGUAGUGUGACAUCGAGACUAGAAGACAUACCGGUGGUGCGUGAGUUUCCGGAUGUAUUUCCGGAGGAUCUCCCAGGUUUACCUUCGAAUAGAGAGGUUGAAUUUGCUAUUGACCUUGUUCCUGGCACUGGACUCAUUUCCAAAGCACCAUACCGUAUGGCUCCUGCAGAAUUGAAGGAGUUAAAGGUCCAGCUGGAGGAACUCCUUGAGAAAGGGUUUAUACGCCCUAGUGUGUCACCUUGGGGAGCUCCAGUGUUGUUUGUCAAGAAGAAGGAUGGGAGCAUGAGGCU